AUGAGCAUGCUCGCGCCUCCUCUCGCUCUCGCCUCAACACAACACUCGCCAGCAGCUAUGGCUGCAGCAGACUCGGCGUCGCUGCUCGGCCUUCGCGCCCUCGCGUGCGGUCUUGGCGGUAUCACGGCGGGCGUGCUGCUAGCAGUGCCUGUGCUCGCCGUUCCCUCCCUCUUCGCCUGCCCCCACCUCCUCCCCAAGACUCGCCUCCACGUGUGGUCCCGCCUACAAGCCGACACGACCGCCGCCACCUCGAUCCUCCUUCCCCUCCUCGCCGCCCUCCUCGCCUCGUGCGCCCUCCUCGUCGAGUCGUCGCCGCCGAUACCCAGAGUUGCCGCGUACGGCAGCGUCAGCCUCGUCUCAUCUCUCGUGCGGCUCGUGGUGGAGAACAGAAAGACGUUCUACGCCGUCUCGGCCUCCCUCAUCAUCGCCUCCCGCCCCUUUUCUUUCGGCCUCCUCGCCCCCCGCAUCGAGGUCCUCGCGGCGGAAGAGCGCCGCUUCGUCCUCGACCGCGCGCGCGCCGCACGCUCGCGGUCGAGCCUCGGCCUGAGCGCCAUGGAGCCCGGGGCGUGGAAGGGCGCGAGUCCGACGAGAGAGUACGCCGGGUGGGUCGCUCAGCAGGAGAGGGAGGCGCAGGGCGACGAGAGCGACGUCGAGGACAACGACCUCGACGAGGCGACGGCCGGCGCGGCGGUGGACGGGGCAGCGGCACCUCUCGACACCGACACGCUCAUUCUCGAGCUCACCCGCCUUCAGCACGGCACGGCCGUGCUCGCCGGCACGUCGUUCGUCCUCACGGUCAUCGAACUGGUGUGCGCGUGAGCCUUGCGCGGCGUUGCUCGC